UAGGCCUAGGCCUCUCCGAUCGAUAUGAUCCAUAUGGGCCCCCCAUCUCCAAGCCGCCAUGCCCUCCCUCCGCCGCGCCACCGCCGCACGCUCUCCUCCACGAUCAUCGAAGAGAGCGUUGCCGCUGCCGCCGCGCUCGUCCAAAAGUGGCACCCCGACGACGACGCGCCCGCCAGCGGCUCCCUCUUCCUCCACGCUACGGAGACGGAGCACGAGGAGGCCCAGAUCUUCCUGCGCGCGGCCGCCGCCCUCCACCGCGCCAUGCUCUUCUUCGCCUCCGACGUCACCCACGGCGGCGACGGCCUCGUCCAAGCGCAGGCGCUGCUCCAGACCGCUAUGCGCAGGCUCGACCUCGAGCUCCAACUGCUGCUGGAUGACAUGACCCAAUCGGAUGACAUCCGCGCCGUUGUGGAGGCCAUGAUGGCCGCCGGCUACGGCAAGGAGUGCAUCUCCACAUUCAAGUCCCACCGCCGCGCCGCGCUGACCACCGAGCUGCAGCCCCUGCUCGGCCUGUCGCCUCCUUACCACUUGCAUAAGCUCACCUGGGAGCAGCUCGACGGCAGCAUCAUACCCUCCUGGCUCGCCGCCGCAACCGUCGCGUUUAACUCCCUCUUCGCCGCGGAGAAAGACCUCUGCGACGCGGUGUUCGCCGGCGGCAACGCGGCUGUCGGCGAGGCGGUGUUCGCGGCCGUGGCCAACGACCAGGCCACAAGCCUCCUCGCCGUCGCCGAGGCCGCGGUGGCACGGGCACGGCGCGCCCCGGAGCGCCUGUUCCGGGUGCUGGACGUCCACGACACCCUUACGGAGGUGCUGCCGGGGCUCCUUUUCGUGUUCGGGGACAGCUCCGAGGUCGCCGCCCGCGCCGCCCUUGUGGUCGCCAAGGUCGGCGAGGCUGCGCGCGGGACCCUGGGCAGCUUGGAGGCGGCCAUCCAGAAGGAGCCGUCCAAGGCCACGGCGGCCGGCGGCGCGGUGCACCCGCUGACCCGCUACGUGAUGAACUACCUCGUCUUCCUCGCCGACUACCAGGAGGGCCUUGCUCUUCUUGUCAACGACGACUACGAGCAGGAACCAUCGUCGUCGUCGUCGCCGUCGUCGUCAAUAAUCCUGCACCGCCUGGUGUCGGUCCUGCUGGGCAAGCUGGAGGCCAAGGCCGGCUGCUACCGGGAGCUGGCGCUGAGCUACCUGUUCCUUGCGAACAACACGCAGUACGUGGCAAACAAGGUGGCCGGCAGCGGCAAGCUGCGGGGGAUCCUCGGGGACGGGUGGGCGGAGGCGCAGAGCGCCAAGGCGCGGGCGCACGUCGGCGUCUACGUGCGCGCGGCGUGGGGCAAGGUCAUGGCCGCCAUCUCCGGAGCGGAGCCGCCGGAGGCCGUGGAGCAGGCGGUGAUGGAGGCGGUGGCCAUGCAGGAGCAGUGGGUCGCGGCCGACGAGGAGACGGCCGAGGCGUUGAAGGCGGCAGCGACGGCGGUAGUGGUACCCAAGUACAGGAUGUUCUACCGGCGGCACGGCGCGGCGGUGAGCCUAACGCCGGGGGACGUAACCACCAUGGUCGCCGCCCUCUUUGCCGGGCCGGUGGGACAAGUUUAAUCUGGAGUUGCUCUCUCUCUCACUCACACCCACAGCCAAAGCCAAAGGUGGAGCGAGGAUGAAAUCAAAGAAUAUUACUGGCCGGCUGGCCGGCCGGCACUCUAUAAUUUUAAUGAUUCUGCCUCUCGCUGUUGCUGGAUCAUAUUCAUAUUCAACCCUGUUUGCUUUUCUAGAAUUCUAGGAACAGUGCAUCUUCUAGACUCCAAAUCUAUUUUUAAAACCUCUUCAGGGAUGGCUGUAACUUUUCGGGACAAAUCUAAUGACGGUAAUUAAUC